AUGUCUGUGGCCUUCAUACCAGACUGGCUGAGAGGCAAGGCGCAAGUCAACCAGGAGACAAUCCAGCGGCUCCUGGAGGAGAAUGACCAGCUGAUCCACUGUAUCAUGGGGUAUCAGAACAAAGGCCAGGCGAAUGAGUGUGCCCAGUACCAGCAUGUGUUACAUAGAAAUCUCAUUUAUUUGGCUACCAUUGCAGAUGCCAACCCAACCAGUCCUUCAAAAGUAAUGAAAUAG